UAGCCCCAUUGCUUUUAGUACUUCCCUGUGCCUUGAGUAUCCUGCUCACAGAAGAGGGGUCACCAGCUGAACAAAUUAUUAAGGGAAAUGAAAACCGAAGUAGAUUGUGAACAACAGCAAAUUGUGCACAGCGGCUCAAAUGGGCAAGUAAGAGUUUUCACGUCUUCCACAAUGAAUCCUGUUUACAGCCCCGUUCAGCCUGGGGCUCCGUACGGAAAUCCUAAGAAUGUGGCCUAUACAGGUUAUCCUGCUGGAUAUCCCACAGCGGCCCCCACCUACAAUCCGAAUAUCUACCCGACCACCAGCCCAGGUUAUGCCCCAGCAGCUCUUCUGAUGAAGCAGGCCUGGCCACAGACAUCAUCCUCUUGUGCCCCUGAAGGCUACCCCACUGGAACUCCCUACAAGGUCCCUCCGACCCAGAGUAAUAACGCCCCGCCUCCAUAUUCUCCGUCUCCCAAUCCGUACCAAACAGCUAUGUACCCCAUUCGAAGUGCCUAUCCGCAGCAGAACCUGUAUGCCCAGGGAGCGUACUACACGCAGCCAGUCUAUGCGGCACAGCCUCAUGUCAUUCACCACACCACCGUGGUCCAGCCAAACAGCAUCCCGUCGGCCAUUUAUCCAGCUCCAGUAGCCGCUCCGAGGACCAACGGUGUGGCCAUGGGGAUGGUAGCUGGGGCCACCAUGGCCAUGUCAGCAGGCACUCUGCUGACAACCCCACAACACACCACGCUGGGGGCACAUCCCGUCUCAGUGCCAACAUACCGGGCGCAAGGGACCCCUGCCUACAGCUACAUCCCUCCACAUUGGUAAUCCCAUUGACCAGUCCACAUCUGGAGUCAGACAUCGUAUGCAACAAGGCGAGUGACGGAGCAGCUGCCCCAAGGCACCAGGGCUGUUAGCGAAAGCAAAAACAACCCACCUCAAGGGUCGUGUUAUGCAUUCUUUAGGAUUUUAAUUUUUUAACAAAACGGCUUUUGACUUUUUGGGUAAAAGCCAGCGUCCCCCUCC